UGUCCGCUGCCUCCGCCCUCCUUUUCUUACCUUGGUGAGGUCAGUUUGGCUCCCAGGCUCUGGCCCUUCCCCAGCCUCCCUGGCUCCAGCCACGUGGACCUCUUCUAGCGGGAAGACGUGGCUCCGCCCCCAAGACCCAUGCGCAGGCGCAGUGUGCAGCCUACCCACGCAAACUGUAGGAGGGAGAACCUCGAGGUGGCUGGUGCUCGUGGGGUGCGGUUGGUUGACAUAUCAAUUGCACAGAGAAAGCCGCAGGUCCUAGAGACAUCGAGAUCCAGGGGGAAUCAAUCAGCUCUCCCUUCCAGACACUUCACCAGGACCAGAAAGAUGGAAGCUGGUCCAACAACUUCAGUCAAGAAACGAGCUUCCCAAGAGAACUGGCAUGAAUCUGACUCAGAAGAAAGGGAGGGAAAGAAAAAGAAGAUCUAUGAAUGGACUGUAACCGAAGUGGGAGAUACUUGGAUUAAGAUGAAGCAUACAAAAGAAGCUUCCUUCAGCUCCAAAAACCUUGCUGCCCUCUCCCAACUUCUGAAGGAUCCAGUCAUUAAAAAAUUCCUUGCGACUGAUAUGAAAUGCUAUUCCACUAAUAAGCAUCUCUUGACCAUGAUGAUAAAAUAUUUUGACUGUCUGGGACUCCAUGAAGAGUCUUAUAAAAAGAGUGAUUUUUCACUGUCUUUGUAUACUGCGGGUCGGAUGAACUCAACAAACUUGUCAUAUAGACAGUCCAUGAUUCCUGUUCUUCUUGGAGAGAAUUGGUCCCAAAGAGGACUCAGGAAAUUCUGGCCAAUGCCAAUGGGGAACCAGUUUUGUAAUAAAAUGGAUAAGGAAGCUUGGAUGAAGCAGGAUGUCUGUCAGGAGGACCUCAUUGCCCAGAAAGUCAGCACUCCAAAAAAACCGAAGGACUUCCAUCUGCCAAGCCAGUGAUUUUCAUUGAUCCACAUCGGUGCUGUCUGAUGGCGGGGGCAUGUUGUCAGUUCGUGAAGAGGAAACCCUGUAAAAGUGACUAAUUGUUCAUUCAAUAAAGAUUUCUGCAACACCUAA